AUGAAAGAGAAGGAAGCGGCGACCAUAGGUUGCGGAAUAGGGUUAUGCGCAAUUGUAUCACCAGGGUGGGUGCGGAAAGACGAAGUGAAGGUGCAGGUGGAAGACGGCAACAUAUUACAGAUGAGCGGCGAGCGGAGUAAGGAGAUGGACUCCGAUGACGACAUCUGGCACCGUGUUGAGAGGCGGCUCGGAAACUUCCUGAGGCGGUUCCGGCUGCCGGAGAAUUUCAAGGUGGACGAAAUCAAGUGUGGGCUCAAGGAUGGAGUGUUGACGGUGACGGUGACGGUGCCGAAGGAGGAGAUGGAGAAGAAGGGCAAAUUGAUAGAUGUAGCUUAG